AUGAAAGUGUACGUUUUAUUGUUCUUACUCGCAGUGGUAGUAAUUGUUGAGUGUGGCCACACUUUCCUCGGUACUAGUGUGCAGCGAAAAUUAAUCUACCACAAGGAUGUCAAGUAUCCUUCUAAACUGUUCCAGAAGAGAAUCGAGAACGUCAACUACACGAUCCCUUACGCUUCGCGCCAGUAUUCACCAAGUAUUCAGGGUAUCUUGGCAUAUGAUUUAACCACCUCCGGUGCAUCAGCGAACGUCACAAAAGGUGGGCUCGGCUACAACUUCGUGAACCUUCGGCUGAAAAGUGACCGCGCUGAGGAAUUGCACUUUGAUAUUUACAUAUAUGUGUAA